ACAAAAAGGGUCCAGCUUUCUUUCACAUUUCUUCUUCUUCCUUUUUUUGCUCUCUUGCUCUUCUUCAGUGCAAAAAUCAUGACUUCCCUUCACCUUCUCACCUCUCUUCAUCCCUACAGUCAUCAUCGACUACCACAAUAACACUAAUGGAAAAGCGAAAAACGAAAUAGUAUUACUGUUAAUACAGUUAUUACUAUUUCCAUAUAAUUAAUUACUACUAAAGAUUCUUUCUUUUACACCCAUUCUCUCUUGACCAACUUUUUCCCUUACAAACCCAAGCCCACCUCCUGCUCUUUCCAUCUUGUUCCACCCUAUUCCACCACCGACCUCGUCCCUCUCUUGGCCCAUCACACCUCAAUUCUAGGGUUUUUUUUAAUUUUCUUUCUAUUUCCUUUUUCUUUUUUUUUUUUUCUUUGCUUGCUUUUUUUUUUUUAUUGUUAUUUUUUCUUGGCCUCUUCAAUACCAUCACUCUGCUUUUCGAUCUUUUAUUUCUUUGUCAAAAUUAGCGUACCUUGUGUAGUGAUCCUCCAAUAAUUCUAUGGAUUCUCAGUAUAUUUCAUCCAAUUCUGGGGUUUUUCUAGGGUUUUUCUUUUAAGAUGUGGCUUAGUGUCUAUUGGGUCGACUUUAGUAUCACUUAAUCCUUUCCAAGUCGAUAACAGCCAUCUUUUUAUACUGGAAUCUUCCUUCUUUUCACCUCAGCUCGAAAUCCGGAUUUGCAAUAGGUUCUCUUGUCUUUUAUUUUCUUCGCUUUUUUCUUGUUAUUCCUUUAGGAAAUUCCGUUUUCGUUUUCAUUUCAAUUUAUGGCUUAUCAACCGAUUCCGGGUCCUAGCUCGGGAUCAAGUUCGAGUUCAGGGUUCCAAUACUUGAAUUCUCCUUUUGGAGAUACUACCUAUACUAAGGUUUUUGUUGGGGGGCUUGCUUGGGAAACUCAGAGCGAGACUAUGCGCCGUUAUUUCGAGCAAUUUGGAGAAAUUCUGGAGGCCGUUGUGAUCACCGAUAAGAAUACUGGCCGAUCAAAAGGCUACGGCUUUGUGACUUUCCGGGAACCAGAGUCUGCUAAGAGAGCAUGUGCUGAUCCUACCCCGAUUAUUGAUGGCAGACGGGCAAAUUGCAAUUUGGCUUCACUUGGACGGCCGCGUCCACCACUACCUUACGGACGUCUGAGACCAGCUACUCCAUACAUUGCAAGUGUACAAAACCCCCGGGGUACAUACGUCGGAAGUUUUGGCUACCAGCAGCCACUUUCUUACAACUAUCAACAAGGAUUGAUGUAUCAUCCUUAUGGGAAUGCAAAAAGUGAUAGUUGCAGAGGAUAUGUGCCCCCAGAUAUGCAGCAUAUGGACCUGAAUACGUCUAUCCACAGGGUGUAUACAACCCUUAUGCAGGUCAGCCGUACCUUCAGAUAUAUGGUGUCCCUGGAGCAGUCAACACAGCAAUGUAUCCUUAUGGACAGCUGGGUCAAACCCUUCCUGGAGGGCAUGGUUAUUCAACGGUGCAGGGGUAUGCUAUGCCAGGUCAUCAGAUUGUGCAGUUUGGUGGACCUAGUGUUAAUCCAAUAACAACUUCACCUAUGGCCACUAUUCAGACUCCAUAUCCUACAGGUAUAGCUGCACCUGUUCCAGCACAACCUCCGUUUAUAGUUCCUGCUCCUUCUCCUCAGUAUAUGCAGGGCAGCGGUUCUGACCAAACAGCUGGGUGAGGGGUUGAUCAAGGUAUCCUUAAGACUGCAGCAGGACUAAGAGCAGCGGAUCUGCUACUUGAGUGGCGGGCUUCGGAUCUAGCCUUGCAAACUAUUUAUUUUGCAUUCUAGAGGUCAUACAUAGUCGUUCUCACCAGAGAAGUCAGAUGUCAUGAGUUGCUCCAAACGAGGAGGAAUGUGGAAGAUGCCAACAUUUCUUCCUUUACCCUAGUGUAUCAAAAACCUCGUGUACUGCAGGAUCUCAGGACGAGGUCCAGGCAGUAAUGCAUUUUAUGGAUGCUGGAAUCGGUUUCUGGCAACUGUAAUAUUAGGAAUAAAACUCUGUAAAAGGAAAAAAAAAAGAUCAUGUUAGAAUCAACAUAUGAUUCUUUUAUACUGUUAGUCCCAGCAUUUGGGUGUAUAGGAUAGUCUCUGGUGCCUUUUGUCGGUGAACUGCAUUGUAUUUAAAACAGAGUUUUGUGCAUACCAGUACUAGUAGUAGCAGUAGGGGUUCAUUUCAUUGGAUGCUCAAAACUCUUCUGUUUAUGAAAAGCCAUCCUCAAAGCAUGAGGAAGCUUCAGUUAUAUUUGAUGAUUUGCAAA